AUGCCUCAGUUCCUGCUUCUUGCCUGCCUCUUCAUCACAGUCACCCCAGUGUCCACAACGGCCCUAGAUCCUUGUUCUGCUUACAUCAGUCUGAACGAGGCCUGGAGGAACACGGACCACCAAUUUGAUGAGGCUCAAGGUCCACCUCUGUGUGACAACCAUGUGGAUGGGGAGUGGUACCGCUUCACAGGCAUGGCAGGAGAUGCCAUGCCCACCUUCUGCAUAUCAGAAAACCACUGUGGGACCCAUGCCCCGGUCUGGCUCAAUGGCAGCCACCCCCUAGAAGGUGAUGGCAUCGUGCAACGCCAGGCCUGUGCCAGCUUCAAUGGGAACUGCUGCCUCUGGAACACCACGGUGGAGGUCAAGGCUUGCCCCAGAGGCUACUAUGUGUAUCGUCUGACCAAGCCCAGCGUCUGCUUCCAUGUCUACUGUGGUCACUUCUAUGACAUCUGUGACGAGGACUGCCACGGCAGCUGCUUAGAGAACAGCGAGUGCACGUGCUCUCCAGGAACCGUGCUUGGUCCUGACAGGCAGACAUGCUUCGAUGAAAAUGAAUGUGAGCAAAACAAUGGUGGCUGCAGCGAGAUCUGCGUAAACCUCAAAAACUCCUAUCGCUGUGAGUGUGGGGUUGGCCGUGUGCUAAGAAGUGAUGGCAAGACUUGCGAAGACAUCGAAGGGUGCCACAAUAAUAAUGGCGGCUGCAGCCAUUCUUGCCUUGGGUCUGAGAAGGGCUACCAGUGCGAGUGUCCCCGGGGCUUGGUGCUGUCUGAGGAUAACCAUACUUGCCAAGUCCCUGUGUCUUGCAAGUCGAACACCAUUGAAGUGAACGUCCCCCGAGAGCUGGUGGGCGGCCUGGAGCUCUUCCUGACCAACACCUCCUGCCGAGGCGUGUCCAAUGGCACCCACGUCAACGUCCUCUUCUCCCUCAAGACGUGCGGCACAGUGGUCGAUGUGGUGAAUGACAAGAUCGUGGCAAGCAACCUGGUGACAGGCCUGCCCAAGCAGACCCCAGGCAGCAGCGGGGACAUCAUCCUGCGCACCAGCAGGCUGCUGAUCCCGGUGACCUGCGAGUUCCCGCGCCUGUACAGCAUCUCCGAAGGCUACGUGCCCAACCUGCGGAACUCCCCGCUGGAAAUCACGGGCCGGAACCGCGGGGUCUUCCCCUUCACGCUGGAGAUCUUCAAGGACGACGACUUCGAGGAGCCCUACCGGGAGGCGCUGCCCACCCUCAAGCUUCGCGACUCCCUCUACUUCGGCAUAGAGCCCGCGGUGCACGUGAGCGGCCUGCAGAGCCUGGUGGAGAGCUGCUUCGCCACCCCCACGGCCAGGGCCGACGAGGUCCUCAAGCACCACCUCAUCCGGGACGGCUGCAUUUCAGAUGACUCAGUAAAGCAGUACUCAUCCCGGGAUCACCUAGCAAAGCACUUCCAGGUCCCUGUCUUCAAGUUUGUGGGCAAAGACCACAAGGAGGUGUUUCUGCACUGCCGGGUCCUCGUCUGCGGGACGCUGGACGAGCGCUCCCGCUGCGCCCGGGGCUGCCACCGGCGCCUGCGUCGCGGGGCUGCGGAAGGCGAGGACGCGGCGGCGGCUGUGCAGAGCCACGUGCUGACGGGCGGCCCGAUCCGCGUCGACCGGGAGGCCUAG